AUGAAGUGUAGAAAAGAACCUCUGUCAGUGGCGUCCUGUAAUAACCAUUCAACCAACAUUAUCAAACCAAUUUAUAGACAUACUAACCAUAUUCUUGGAAUUGACGAUCAUAACAGGACCCCGGGGACUCGUUCGUUUCGCGAAAUUAAGAAUACAUAUACACACGGAGCUUCUACAUCGAAUCAAACUUUUGAGGAUGUCAACAUUUCUUUACAUAUCGACCCUGGUUUUGGGAAAACCAGCACGUACAAUAGGUCCACUGUAAAUAAAUAUCAUCACAGCCAUAGAUCAAAGUCUACUAACCUUGAUCCGUUUAUUCGCCGCACAUUUCCUUCUCAUGUAAUAGAGCCAUCUGCAGUUCAAGGGUUGAGCUCAGACCAGAUUUUCCUUCGAACACAUUUUCGCAUUGGUGAAGCCCUUGCUUUCCAUAAUACCCCAGUUACCAGAAAUGAGAAGCCCGUGCCCGGAACUACCUUGGUGGAGCUUUAUGCACUUGUGACCGAAUCUUACCGCAGCGGACCUCUCCAAAAAUUUACCUUCUCGGAUAUAUUCUUCCCUACAUACCCUCCCCAGCUAGUGGGAGAAUGGAGCGGAUGGCAACAUAGUAGCUAUCUCAAUCAGGUGGGUAGAUACUUUUUGACUGACUGCGAGACUAACCGCAUUCAUGUCCAUGGCGAAAAUUUUAAUUCUAGACAGGGUUUACCGAGCCACAGAGCGGAGUCGCCCAAAAUGUGUAGAGUUGUCGGCAUACUCUCGCAAGACAAUAACUCACAUUUGAGAAUCAAGCCUCCUAGACAACACAUUGCAAACUCUCGCCAAUUAGGAGACAAAAAGCUAAGGAUACUACGUAUUCAGAAGGCCGAUUGGUCAGACAUCCAGAUGAUGAAGGAAACUCUGAACAUCUAA